UUCUCUUCAUUCUUCAUUUCUUAUUUCUAUUUUUCUCCCAUGUCUCUGACAGUUGCAGUGCUCGACGGCAAGUCGCUCGCAGCGCUCAAGGUUGAGCAUGCGCUGGCUCUCCGUUCGACCACCAGCAGCAGCAGCACCACCACCGUCGCCAUUGCGACUGCAUCCGAAGCCAAGCAGCUCGCAGACCGCGCUGCCGCUGUCGCUCCGGCCACCACGGCUGCUGUCGUGCUUGCGCUGGAUGAGCGCCGAACACUGGUCAACCCGAACGCAAUCGCAGUGACGGUGCUUGGCCAGUGCACGGCGGACGCGGCCACUUGGAUCCAACUGGACGAGUCGCGCUUGGCCAGCCAGCUCGCUGUUGUGCUCGCGCCUCCCAAGGUCCCUGCGCUUGUGACCGCCAGCAAGGCUGCAGUUCUUGCUGCGCUCAAGACGAUCGCGUCUGCCAUCACGGCCGCCAAGGGUCAGCCAUUGAGCGAUGCCGCGCAUGUCGUUCUGGGCGCAACCCUCUUCCCCGCAUUCCACGCAACGGGCGCGUUCGCUCUCGAGGCGGCCAUCCGUAGCCAGGUUGCAUCGGUUGAGCAGUAUUUCCAAAAGAACGUGUUUUCGACCGAGGCCUUCCGCCAAGCACUGGCCAAGACCGGUUUUGCGGACGAUUCUGCUCUCGCAGCGCAUGUUGCCGCUCUUUCUGCCACUGCAGCGGCUGUUCUCCCGUCCAAAGCCUCUGCUGUUGCUUCCGCUGCUGCUCCAGCACCCGCUGCUGCUGUCACACACCACCAGCCUGCCCCAGAUGCCAAGACUGGCAUCGUCGAUCUGGACAUUAUGGAGAAGGCCACCCCGAAGGAGCUCGAGGAUGCGCUGAGCAACUGGACCAAGGAUGCUCUCCCCACGGGCAAAGUUGGCUCCGACCCCACUGCGCCCAUUCCAGGCCAGGUUCUUUUGCCAAAGCCCGACCAGCGCAACAUUCUCAUCACAAGCGCGCUGCCCUACGUGAACAACGUGCCUCACCUCGGCAACAUUAUUGGCUGCGUGCUCAGUGCCGAUGUGUACGCCCGCUUCUGCCGAGAGCGUGGCUACAACACUCUCUACAUUUGCGGCACGGACGAGUACGGCACUGCCACCGAGACCAAGGCGCUCGAGGAGGGUCUGACCCCGCAGCAGAUUUGCGACAAGUACCACAAGUUGCACCGUGAGAUUUACGAGUACUUCCAGAUCUCUUUCGAUCACUUUGGUCGAACCACCACUCCUCAGCAAACCGAAAUCUCGCAAGACAUUUUCCUGCGCGCCCUCAAGAACGACACUCUUCUGGAGGAGUCUGUUGAGCAGUUGUUGUGCGAGACCUGCAACAGGUACUUGGCCGAUCGAUUCGUCGAAGGCAUCUGCCCGUCGUGCAAGUAUGACGACGCUCGUGGCGACCAAUGCGACAAGUGCGGCAAGCUUUUGAACGCUGUCGAACUUGUUGAGCCCCGAUGCAAGCUUUGCCGCUCUCGACCGGUUGUCCGUCCUUCGCGACACAUGUUCUUGAACCUUCCCAUGCUCGAUGGACAAAUCAAGGAGUGGUAUGCCGGCUCCUCCGUCAAAGGCGACUGGACUGCCAGCGCAAAGCACAUUACCAGCAGCUGGCUGAAGGAGGGCGUCAAGCCGCGAUGCAUUACUCGCGAUCUCAAGUGGGGUGUCCCUGUGCCGUUGGAUGGCUUCCGAGAGAAGGUCUUUUACGUUUGGUUUGAUGCACCGAUUGGCUACAUUUCAAUCACAGCCGCAUACACUGCCGAGUGGGAAAAGUGGUGGAAGAACCCUUCGCAAGUCCAGCUCUACCAGUUCAUGGCCAAGGACAACGUUCCAUUCCACUCAAUCAUCUUCCCCGCGUCGCAACUCGCUGCCAAGGACAACUACACCCUGGUGCAUCACAUUAGUGCCGUUGAAUUCCUCAACUAUGAGGAUGGCAAGUUCUCCAAGAGCCGUGGCGUGGGCGUGUUUGGCAACCACGCGCGUGACACUGGCUUGGCCAUUGACAUUUUCCGCUUCUACUUGCUUGGCAUCCGACCCGAGUACACGGAUAGCGUCUUUAGCUGGACGGAUUUGGCUAGCAAGGUCAACAACGAGCUGCUCGCCAACCUGGGCAACCUGGUUCAGCGCUCGCUGUCGUUCAUCAAGGCCAACUUUGCCGGCAAGGUGCCCAAAGUGGUGCUGAACGUGGACACGGAUGCGCAAAGCUGCAACUUUGUCGCCCUCGUCAACCGAUACCUUCGCGAGUACAUUGACCUGUUGGAGCAAGUGCACUUGCGCGACGCACUCCGCCUGGUUCUCAAGAUCUCGUCGAUUGCCAACCAGUACUUCCAGACUGUGCAGCCGUGGAAGACCAUCAAGCUGACGGACGAUCUGUCCAAGCAGCGCACCGCCACCUGCCUCGGCCUCUGCGCCAACUUUGUGCACCUGCUGUCGACGCUGCUCUUCCCCUUCAUGCCCGUCACCGGCAAGAAGAUUCUCGAGCAGCUGAACGCCGCUCCCGGAUCGCUUCGCGCAGACCACUGGGGCCUCACUCUUCCUGAAGGCCACGAGAUUGGCACGCCGUCCGUUCUGUUUGAGAAGAUUGAGCCCGCCGUCGUCGAGACUCUCCGCGCCAAGUAUGGCGGCAAGCAGGAGGGAGCUGCUGCUGCUGGACCCGUCUCUGUCACCGAAAGCGCUGCUCUCAAAAAGUCCAAGACCCAGCAGGCUUCUUCCCCGCAACCCGCAGCCGGAACCGCGGCGGCUGGCUCGUCAUCGACCGGCGACGUUGCUGCUCUCACGGCCAAGGUUGAUGCCCAGGGCAAUCUUGUGCGCAAACUCAAGGGCGAGAAGGCCGACAAGGCCAAGAUUGAUGCCGAGGUCAAAGUCCUGCUCGAUCUCAAGUCGCAGCUCGAGCGCGCCACCAAGGCUGCUGCUGCUGCUGCGCCAGUUGCUGCUCCGUCCGCAGCGCCUGCCGCAUCGGCCUCCGCCGCCCCGUCUGCCACCACCAAGGCUCUGGAAGACCAAAUCGCCGUUCAGGGCAACAAGGUGCGCGAUCUGAAAAGCCAGAAGGCUGACAAGGCCGUGGUUACUGCCGAAGUCAACAUUCUCUUGGCUCUCAAGCAACAGCUGGCCUCCCUGUCCAAGUAGAGGUCAACCUCAGUUCCUCCAACGGGAUUGACGAACGAAUGAUCGCUCGGCUUUUGUGAUUGAUAUGAAAAACAAAAAAAUGGAUGCAUUUUGCUUUGUUUUUUUGUUUUUUGUUUUUUGUUUCGCUCCUCGUGCUGUGUGUUGUCGACGCGAUCAGAUCGCCAAUACACACUUUAUUUUCUUGCCGUUGUCCGC